AUGCGUGCCUCCAUCGCCAUCGCCGCCGGCAUCGUCGCCGUUGCCUCGGCCAAGACCAUCCAAGUCACCGACACCGUCGACGUGACCAUCACCUCGUGCGAGCCGACUGUCACCGACUGCCCUUACAAGGCCUCGGCCACCGCCACCGGCACUGAGGUCUGGGGUGACUGGAACAGCGAGACCACCACCACCACCACCCCGGUUGCCCCUGUCGAGACCUCGAGCUCCUCCGGGGUUUGGGGAGACUGGACCACCGUCACCGGCAGCACUCCUGUUGCCCCGGCCAGCAGCUCCGCCACCGGCACUGAGGUCUGGGGUGACUGGACCACCGUCACCGGCCCUGCCAGCAGCAGCACUCCAGUUGCUCCUGCCAGCGGCUCUUCCACUGAGCAAUGGGGUGACUGGACCACCGUCACCGGCGCCGCCAGCAGCAGCACCCCUGUCGCCCCGGCCAGCGCUUCCUCUUCCCCCUCUGGCAACUGGAACGACUGGACCACCGUUGUGGCCAGUAGCUCUACCCCCGUGGCUCCCGCCAGCCAGAGCAGCGAGACCCCAUACUGGCCUGCCGGCACCUCCAGCAGCCCUGCUGCUGCUUCUGGCACCGGUGCCUGGUCUCACUCCAGCUCCCCUGUCAGCCCAGCUGUGGCCACCUACACUGGCGCUGCCUCUGCCAACGCUGGCUCUUUCGCUCUGGCCGGUCUUGCCGCUGCCGCUGCUAUCGUCCUGGCAUAA